AUGUCUUUCUACCCAGAAGGCUGGACUCAUGAAAGACUUCUCGAUGCCAGCAGCGAAGACAUGAUGGCCCUCUCAGAAACCCAACGCACUACGCUCUUCGACGGCUUGAAAUCCACUCACGGCGAAGAUGGUUUCCGUGAAAUCUUGCAGGAAAUGAGUCGCCGCUACCAGGCUCGAGCUGACGCUGUCGAGUCUGAGGAAACUAAACAGAAGAGGCUGGAGCUUCUUGCACCUUUCGUCCAGACUCUGGAUCGUGUCUUCCGAUUUACAGAGUCUAAGGACUGGGGGAAAUGGGGAUUGGUGGUGUUCCGCACCACUCCCUAUGGGGGCGAGCAUGAGAGGCAGUGGGUAGAAUUUCGGAGAAAGUGGGAUACGGUGAUCGAGGAUCAAUUGGGCCCGCAUCGGGGCUCGUUGCCCAAGGUAGACCGAGCGAUUGAUUUGUUGGAGUUCCAGUGGGUGGAAGACCCUGAAUUGGAGGGCGUAGAUGCGGCGGAUGUGGCCAGACGCUUUGAUGAAAUGGCCUUAAACUUACCACGAGGACUCAUGACCUCCGCUUGUCUGAUGGUAACCCCAGCUUCUAUGGAGUCGGUUCUCUCCUCCCCACUACCCUCUUCCGCCCCACGCCGUGAGCGCCAAAGGAUUCCUUUUGUUGUUGCCGUAUCCCAAGGAGCUCCCCUUGCCCUAUGGGGUGAGGACGUGGCCGGCGCAGAUUUCAAGGGACAUCUUAAUGUGGCCCUAGAGGGCAUCCUGGAAGAGUUUUACCCGAUUGUCGCAUUGCAGAUGAUGGAUUUACAUACACUAACUGUGAAAUUCCGUCAUGAUAAUGAUAUCUGGUGUUCGAGUGAUCGGUGGGGGAUACACCAUUACGAGGAAUUGUAA